AUGUCAACAGACAAAAAUCAACUCAUUGUCAAUGCGUUUGCAAUGCAUUCGCCCGGCUGCUUGAACCCAGGCCUCUUCCGUUACCCUGCAGACAAGGGUGCUAACUGCAAGGACAUCAAACACUGGAUCCCCCUCGAGCAGAAGCUCGAGAAAGCCAAGUUCCAUGCAAUCUUUUUCGCCGAUAUCCUUGCAAAUCUGGGCCCGACGAUCCCUACCGCAGCCCAGUUCCCGAUCAACGACCCCCUGUACAGCAUUCCUGCCAUGGCAGCUGCAACACAAAGCAUCGGCUUCGGGCUGACCGCAUCCACGACGUAUGAUUCGCCCUACGCUCUGGCCAGACGCUUCUCGACCAUCGAUCACCUUAGCAACGGGCGCAUUGGAUGGAACAUCGUGACAUCGUAUCUUGAUUCUGCGGCGCGCAACUUCGGCCUCGAUACCCACAUCGAGCACGAUGAGCGGUGA